AUGAACAGCAUCCCCGUCGGCAUGUCCGCCUACUUUCAGCACACUGACCAUAAGAUCUUUCCCAACCCCCACGAGUUCAACCCUGACAGGUGGCUCAGCAACGUUGCUCCCGCUAUGAAGAAGAACUACAUUAUCGCUACUAUGGUCUGUCCUGGUGCUGUUGACUUCGAGAUCUUUGAGACUACUGAGUUGGAUCUCAAGCCUACCUAA